AUGGUUCUCAAAUGGGCGUCUCGGUGUCUCCCAGGAUUUAGCAUAAUUGCUCUCAUGCUGCUUCUUGUGGCUGCGUUUCCGACCACCAUACAUAUACCUUGGUGGACAAGUGACUUAGCAGCACAGAAGCCAGCUCCGAGUUCCCAUCAAGGCAAGCAUGAAAAGAUGAGCUUUGCUCAGAAGGUUUUUGUCGUUUACUUCAUUCUUGUUCAUCUCAACAUGUUUGUAUUCACAGUGCGUCUUUGUUUUUCGCUGUUUAGUUUCUGGCGCCAGGCUAGGAUGAGCUUGCAACACGCUCGUUUCCAGGGAUAUAACAAAAAGCCACAGACAGAACACAUAUCGGACUCUACAUAUGCAAGUAGCAUAUCCUCUACCUCGUUUGACGACAGCUUCUCUGCACCUUCAUCCCCGCAGCCAAGGGCCAAAUUUGCCGAUGUUGAUACCUACUCCCUCGAAGACCAAAACCUUACUCCUGCUACCGCCGCGGACGAGCUCAUCCACGCCAUCAUCGUGCCGAACUACUGUGAAGAUUUGCACACCUUGUUUACAACACUGAGCGUUUUGGCGAGUCACUCCCGUGCACGUUCUCAGUACGAGAUUUUCCUUGCUAUGGAAGAGAAGGAGGAAGAGGCUCCAGUAAAGGCAAAGAAACUGAUGACCAGUUUUGGGAGCUCAUUCUAUGCCAUCCACACCACAUUUCACCCUGCCGGUUUGCCGGGGGAAAUUGCUGGGAAAAGCUCUAACGUCGCCUAUGCUGCAAGACAAAUAACAAACUUGCAUCGUUACGAGUUGCAUGAGAGUGAUUGCAAAGUGGUCAUAACAGUCAUGGACGCCGACACACAUCUAGUACAGGAGUAUUUCCUCGAAGUCCGGCGUCUGCACUACGCUCACCUUGACAGCGCGGAACGGUCAUUAUAUUGCUGUCCAAUUCUCUUCGAUCGCAACUCGUCUGAGACACCAGUCCUUGUCCGCUGCGCCGAUCUGAUGUGGGGGUUUGCAGGCAUCUCGACUAUGUACCCAGGAACGCCAGUGUCAAUUCCUACCUCAGUCUACUCCCUGCCUAUCCAACUCGCCAAUAAAGUAGGUGGUUGGGACAGUGGCCCGACUGCUAUCGGCGAGGACAUGCAUAUGAUGUUAAAAUGUUAUUUUGGAACAGGUGGCUCUGUCAUCACGCGUACUGUGCAUGUCCCUGCAUCGCAGUGCAAUGUCUCGAGCGAUUAUCCCAUUGACGGCUGGCGACGCACAUUAGACACCUGUAGGAAUCGUUACAAGCAGGCGCUACGCCAUAUGUGGGGGGCUCUUGACACAGGUUAUGCCCUCCGCAAAACUAUGCCUUUCUUCGACAUCAACUUCAAGUUGGCGCGAUUACGUCCAUUUCUCCGGGUUCGUCACCUGGCGCUUGUUCACUUACUAUGGGAAGCUCAUUUCUUACCCUGCCAUCUGACAAUACUGCUCGUCUUCUCCGUUAUAUGCACCUUCUUCUACCCUGUAGAGACCUUGCAUCCAACCCUAGUUUGGGCCCUUUCGUUCGCCAACCUGAUCCGCACAUUAUCCUUCAUCGGCAUGAAUAUAAAUCUCGUCAUCUAUGAUCAGUGGCACCAGAUUUGGCUCUACACCCGUAGGCAAGAUAUGGUAGAAGCCAACCUGAAGGACUGCGGCUUCUCAUCACGCUCCUGGUGGCAUAUCGCCCAAUUGACGGAACGCAUCUGUUUUCCCAUUGCGGGCACUAUCUAUGGUGCUGUAGCGAUGGGACACGCAGUGUUUUCGCACUUUUGGACCAAUCGGUUAGUAUACCGUGUUAGCAAGAAGCCGACCUUUGCCAAUCCGGACCAACUCUCCCUGGCUUGA